CUUUCGCAUGUUGAGCUUCACCUUUACAUAGCCACGCUUCUGUGAGUCACAGCACCGGGACCCGGACGGAGCGCGUUGGCUGCUUCUGUUUUAAACAUUAACAACAAAAAAAGGCCCUUUUUUAAACUCAAACCCGAAAGGGCCGAAAAUGCCGAAUGUAAAGAAGAGAAAUUCGGCGGCAGGCGCUGAGGACCAACAGGCGACGGAGAAGAUGCUCGGCGGCGCGUCUGGGGGUCCGGCGGCGGAUGGAGAGGAGACGGUGGUGCUGCAGCGCACCAUCACGCUGCUGAACGGGGUGGCCAUCAUCGUGGGCACCAUCAUCGGCUCGGGCAUCUUCGUGACGCCGACCGGCGUGGUGAAGGAGGCGGGUUCUGUAGGUCUGUCUCUGGUGGUGUGGUCGGUGUGCGGCGUGUUCUCCACAGUAGGCGCUCUGUGUUACGCAGAACUCGGGACCACCAUCACCAAGUCCGGGGGCGACUACGCUUACAUCCUCGAGGUGUACGGAUCACUGCCGGCUUUCCUCAAGCUCUGGAUCGAGCUGCUCAUCAUCAGACCUUCAUCACAGUACAUCGUAGCUUACGUCUUUGCCACGUACCUGCUCAAGCCUUUGUUCCCGGUGUGUCCGGUACCGGAGACGGGAGCCAAGCUGAUCGCGUGUCUGUGCAUCCUGUUGUUGACGGCGGUGAAUUGCUACAGCGUUCGUGCCGCCACCCGAGUCCAGGACGCCUUCGCGGCUGCUAAGCUCUUCGCUUUGGGACUCAUCAUCAUUAUCGGCUUUGUACAGAUCGGCAUAGGUGAUACCACAUCCCUUUCACCCGAGAAUGCUUUUAAAGGAUCCAACAGCGACUUUGGGAACAUCGGCCUGGCUCUCUACAGCGGCCUUUUCGCAUACGGAGGCUGGAAUUAUUUGAAUUUUGUCACUGAAGAAAUGAUCGAGCCGUACAAAAAUCUGCCACGUGCCAUCAUCAUUUCACUGCCCAUAGUCACCAUCGUCUACGUGCUGACCAACCUGGCCUACUUCACCACUCUCAGCCCUGAGGAGAUGCUCAACUCUGAGGCUGUAGCUGUGGAUUUUGGGAAUUAUCACUUGGGCCCCAUGGCGUGGAUCAUCCCGGUGUUUGUGGGACUUUCCUGCUUCGGCUCAGUCAACGGCUCACUGUUCACCUCAUCCAGGUUGUUCUUUGUCGGGUCACGUGAAGGUCAUCUUCCCAGCCUGCUGUCCAUGAUUCACCCAAACCUGUACACUCCUCUGCCCUCACUCUUGUUCACGUGCCUGAUGACGCUCCUCUACGCCUUUUCUAACGACAUCUUCUCAGUCAUCAAUUUCUUCAGCUUCUUCAAUUGGCUCUGCAUCGCCAUGGCGAUCAUUGGAAUGAUGUGGCUGCGCUAUAAAAAACCUGAGCUCGAGCGGCCAAUCAAGGUGAACAUCCUGUUGCCUAUUUCCUUCGUCCUGGCGUGUCUCUUCCUGAUCGUCGUGUCCAUCUGGAAAACUCCAGCCGAGUGCGGGAUCGGAUUCGGCAUCAUCGCCACCGGCGUUCCCGUCUACUACUUCGGCGUCUGGUGGAAGAACAAGCCCAAGUGGCUGAAGCAGCUGAUCUUCUCAGCCACAGCAACCUGUCAGAAGUUGUUGGACGUCGUGCCUCAGGAGUCGUGAAGAUGCUGAAAACCCAAACAGAAGCUUUAGAUACGAAAACAACAACAAAUUCAAAUAUUUUCCCUCUGACCUCCACCUGUGCUCUCUCUCUGUCUCUAUCCCUCUCUCUAUCCCUCUCUCUCUCUCUAUCUCUCUCCCUCUCUCUCUCUGUCUCCCUCCUUGUGUGUAAACACAUCAAUUCACACCUAAACGGGGAAAACAUAAGACAAGGGACGCCGAAUGAGUGCAGGAUUCUUUACUUUUAAUUCACUGUAAGACCUUAUUAUAGUUUUAUUUUAUUUGCGCUUACUAUUUGCUUUAUCUUUCCAUUCCUGACAUUCCUUUCAGAACUUAGAAGUACUUAGAAGUAUGCAAUACUCAGAAGUAUAGCGUGGCCUUGUGCGUGUGUGUGUGUGUGUGUGCGCGUGUGUGUGCCUGCGGUGCUGUAAGCGUUUCUCCUGGUUACCGUAUCUACCCAUUUUCAAACACUCUACAUGGUUUAAUUACUAAGCGAUUUCAGCUCACAAUUCUCCGGGUUGUUGGUUUAUCGGUUUGAUAUUUUUUCCCCCGGCUGUGAGUUCAUUCAGAGAUUAACGUCACGCAGUUAACGUCACGCACUGCGCUAACGUUAACUGUGGGAACAUUUUCCUUCACCGGAGUUUUUGAUCAUCGUCACUUUGAAUAAAAAACAAGUUCAACAGCGACACAUUCAGAAAGAGCCGGAGCUUUGUGUUUAUAAUCUAAAAAAAAGAAAUUUGUUUAUUUCUACACCCUUUGUCUUUAUAUAUAUAUAUAUAUAUUCACUUUAUUUUUCUUUCUUUCUCUAAAGCAGAUCGAGAGCAGAUGCCUUAUAUGAUCACAGCCAUCUAGGAACCUUGUUUAAAUGAGAUCUUUGUUAUUAUUUAGGCUUCAGACGCCAGAAAGCCUCGCUGUCUUAUCGUACCUCGUUAGACUGCUGCAUGUUCAGCGUUGAGCGUCAGACCGAUUUGUAUAUUUUGGAGGUUGAGAUUUGGACAUGAAGCAUCUCCUGAGUUCGAGCCGGCUAGUCUUUAUACGGCUCUCACGUAGGCGUUCUUUAGUCUUGUUGUUAAAACUUGAAUGCUCUAAGCAGUGGCAUUUUUAGAAAGUAUGCAGUAAAAUGUAGAAGCCUGUUUUCUCGUAUUUAAGUGAAAUAUUUCCAGAUGCUUGAUAGCCGCAGAAGCACAAAAACACUCCAGAAAACCACAGAGCCAAAUGAAAUAUUCACCCUGAGUGACCUGCAUUUCUUCAUUUUUUUUUUAACUUUGCUUAAACACAAUGCCCUUAGACUUUCUGCUGAUUGCGUGCGGUGCGAUUUAGCCCUUGCGUCAUCGCACGAGCAGUGCAGCGGUGCUUUGGUUUUUUGUGUUUUUUUCCGUCACCUCCUGACUUGUUCACUCUAACAGAUCGGCGUCCAGAGCAUCCCGUACCCCACGGAUCAGCCGAGCCGAUUCUCUUCUGAUUUAAUGUAACGUCGUUGAGCUUCGUUACAUUCUGGGAUUUUGAGUCCGCCGUUUGUUCCACCGUAUCCGCUGACUCUGGACUCUGGAUUUCUCAUUAAUACAAUGAGAUGAAAAUGAUGAAGCUACACUGAGCUGAACCCUGAAGCACUCUGAUGCGCUGGAUACAGACGACACUCUGCCCUUCGGGUUGCUGGUGUAUUUGUGUUCCUGUAGUGGCGUGAAGUGAGUUUUAACUGAAUGCGAUCGAUAAUUUUUCCAAACAUUUUCCGGUUUAUGAGAACUUGUAGAUGUUGCAUUACAAUCAUGACUCAAGUUGGAAGAACAGCAAAUAUCUACAACCUACACUAGGCUUAGUACCGAACCCUGAGGCACUCCGUAAUACAGAAAAUAGUCUUUUAGUCGCUCGGCAAUCUUUAAACUCGCCUGAUUCGUGUUUACUAGAUGAAUUUUAGUUACGCUGCGCUUUUUAGUGCCUCUGAUAUAAAGACCAUAUGAUAAGUAGAAUUGUACAUGUAUGUUUACCUGUGAGCAGAACUAAGGUUCGAUGAAAUGUUUAGAAAGCCCUGAAAAAUGUGAGAUUUUUCGGGGGGGUAUUUUUUUGGACGGAAAUCAGAGUCGAGAGGUUUUGAAAUUUUGCGAGCGAUUAAAAAGGCAAGAAAGCAACCGGAUAAAAAAAACUGCAACCGACAGUCUUUGAUGUUUUUUAUGUUGAACUCGUAGUCACGUCGUCUAGCCUCGGAAUGACGAUGUAAAGCUCUCGGCUGGAAGAAUUAUUAUUAUUUUUUUUAAUAUAAGAAAUUAAUAGAAGUUCUCUCUUUACACCAGAGCACCACGGCUAAUUAUUUUUUUAACUUGGUCUUUCACCCGAAGUCGAUGUCAGCUACCUCACCAACAUGUCGUCCAAGUUUAUUAGCACCGUAGCUGUGUUGAGAAAUGUUCAUCGUUAUAAUCAUCAUUUCUAGAGUUUCUCGUGCGGGUCGACAUCAUCGCAAAACCUUCACUUUCACCCGUUAAUGUUAACAGAAUCCUGAAUCACACGACCUUCGGUCUGCGUCCGCUCGUACAUCACUGACACUUUGUUUGUGUUCGUUUAAUCCGUUAUCAGAAAUCACCGAUGUUGCUUUGGGUUGUUCUCGCUUCUUCUCUGUCGAAGGUCAAUUUCCAGUAUCUAUUAAGAUAUUGCUUAUUAUUUUAUUUUUUUGUUAGGAGGUGGUUUAGGUGAAGUUUUACAAAUACAGCAGAAGUGUAAAGUAAGAUGAUUUUGUAGGCCUGGAUUUUGUUUGUGUGUUUUUUUUUUUUUUUAUGUUUGUUUGGUUGUUGUUUUUUUUUGAGUAUUGGAGUCUUUUACAAAGCACAAUAAAGACCUCCAGACUCUGAUUGAUUUCUGAGGCCAGUAUGUAUUGGCACUUACAUGUGUGUUACAGCCGUGUGUCUGUUUAUGUGAGAAAAUCUUUAGCUUUUGAUCGAACUAACGCCAAUUUGACUAACGUACAUUUAGUCCUGCUGACCGUUACUUAACCUAUUUAUUUAUUUGUAGGGACUUUUAAUAUUUUUGUAUCUCAUUAGUGCACUAAUAUAUUUAGCUUAUUAUUUGGGGGGGGGGGGGGGGGGUUAGACUUCAUUUAAAAAUCUUAUUUUGGAUAUGUAUAGGUCGUAGAGCCACUAACAAACUUUCCGCUGUACUUCGUUCGAAGAGUUUCUCCGUUUCUGAUCGAUGUUUGUAUCGCUCGUGUUAAUAACGUCCUCGCGUCGCUAAACGUCUCACUGACUGAAAUAAAUACCGACAAACACCGAUCCGUGUAUCGUGGAGCGACAGCCGGUCGUCUUUUGAUCUGUUUUUGUUGUUUGUUUUUUUUUUUUUAACAUUUCAGGUCAUAAACUCGCAUAUCUGACUUCAAUGCAUAAUUUUGCAUAUAACAAUUGAAACCUGUCAGUAAUUAACUCCGCAUAAUAGCGUUAAUUUGGCGUCUCGUUAAAACACCACACGUCAAGGUAAAAUCUUUCGUCGACUUCCGUAACGCUGAAUCGUAACACGCGCUGAAGUCAGACGGAAUUUCUUGCCGCGUCGAAGGAUUAAAUCAACUGCACUUUAAACCUCGGCUUCGGUUAGCUUCUGUUGCUACGUGACCUGGUCAUUAACCAGCCAUAGUGACGAAGGUCUUUUUCUAUUUCUUGUGUUCUUCUUUAUUUAUUUUAUUCAUUCAUUCAUUCCUGUUUCAGCCUCUGCUCCAGAAAACACUCCACGCUCCUGAAGCGAUUAGUUUUGCCUGUUUUUUUUAGUGGCUUGUUAAUGACCUGGUUACCGCAGCUAGGUAGCAGCAGACCUAGUUUAAUCAGAUCUGAUUACUUCUUUAUGUGAAUAAAAAAAAAUCGACCCAAAUCGACCGGAUCACUUGAAUCUUUAAGAACAUCUUACUUCACUUUCUUACUGUGCUACAUUAUUAGGACACGACCCAUUUGGAUUGUUUGGCACAGAAGCAGGAAGUGAACUUCCUUCCAUUUUACACAAAUCACAAGGUUCACACACACACACACACACACACUGAGUUAAAGGCGGAUCGUGUGUUCGGUCACACUCCGACCGGUUUGCGUCUAACACCGGUGUGGUGUUGUAGUGUGUAUCAGCUGAUCUCAGAUCUGUGUUAAACUCUGUGAUGUUCCAGUCUGUAGUCUGUGCUGUGUGCUUUCAGCUGAUCUCAGAUCUGUGUUCUGUAAAAUGUUUGAGACAAAUCAGUGUAUAAACGACGUGUCCGUUUCUCUGCUGUUUGUGCAAAAUGUCUACUGAAUUUGUUUUUUUUUUUGAGAAAUAAAAACGCAAACUUUUUAAA